AGUGACAUCACUGCCUUUCUUCCUGUGCACCGGUUUUGACACAAGCCAGAUGGCUGUGGCGAUCGGUAGGCGCGGAGACCGCCUGGUACAGCAGUUGAUGAAACAAAAUAGGAAGACGUUUUAUGGUCAGCUGCGGGAGCACAAUGAGGCUAUAGCUUUGCUAACUUUUGCCCGUUUUUUGCUUCUCGUUUUCUUGGUGAAGAUAUCACAGUGAUGUCCGCCUUCAACCUGCUGCAUUUGGUGACAAAGAGCCAGCCAGUAGCCCUGCGAGCCUGUGGGCUUCCCUCAGGGUCAUGUAGGGAUAAAAAGAACUGUAAGGUGGUCUUUUCUCAGCAGGAACUGAGGAAGCGGCUAACACCCCUGCAGUACCAUGUCACUCAGGAGAAAGGGACAGAAAGUGCCUUUGAAGGAGAAUACACGCAUCACAAAGAUCCUGGAAUAUAUAAAUGCGUUGUUUGUGGAACACCAUUGUUCAAGUCAGAAACCAAAUUUGACUCCGGUUCAGGUUGGCCUUCAUUCCAUGAUGUGAUCAGUUCUGAUGCAAUCACUCUUACAGACGACUUCUCCUAUGGGAUGCACAGGGUGGAAACAAGCUGUUCUCAGUGCGGUGCUCACCUUGGGCACAUUUUUGAUGAUGGACCUCGUCCAACCGGCAAAAGAUACUGCAUAAACUCGGCAUCCCUGUCUUUCACAAGCGCAGAGAGCAGUGGUGCUGAAGGAGGCAGUGGAGUCGGCAGCCCAGCCCAGGCUGACAAGAAGACAGAGCUGUAGGACAGCGAGUGACAGAAACCAAGUGUUCUUAAUGCACAACUUAUUAAAAAAA